AUGUGCUCGUUUUCCAGCGAGGGGCUCCAUCCCGGGCAGCGCUGUCCCCAGUAUUCCCCGGUGCCGCUGCGCGGAUUCCGCCGAGGGCUCGGGGCCGGCAUCGGCCACGCAACGCUCCGCCGGGCAGCGAGUCCUCCCCGCGCACACUCCGCUGCUCUCCGCACUUUCCGUUGCGGUCGCGCAGCAACGCGUCACCCCCCGCGCAGCAGACGCAUCCCCUCCGCCCUGGGGAGCGAUGGGCCCGCGUCGAGGCGAGCCGCGGACAGAGCAGCCGCCAGCAGCUGCGUGACCCCGGCGUCACGCCCGGCGCGGGGACGCGGCGGUUGGCAGCGGGACGCGCGGGGCGAUGACAGCCGCUCACGGCCGCCGGGGUCCCGCGGGGCUCAGCGCGUUAGGGGCGGAGGGCUCCGCGUCCCGCGCGACGGCCGUCGGCGGAACCCUCCCAGCGGCCAGCGGCCGCCCCCGCGCCGCCGCCGGCUCGGCCGCAAUCGCGGACGUCGGGCGCCCCCCAGCGGCGGCAGCGCCGCACUGCGCCUCCCGGCUCCGCCCGCCGGCCCCGCGGGAGGAAGCGGAGGGCCCGGCCUCUCGGCACUUCGCCCCGUCCCCUCCCUGCCCGUUGCGGGCGGGGGUGCACGUUGCUCUGCCGACGGUCAGGGCGACCCAACGCCGGCCGUUACUCCAGGCCGGCGGUGGCAAAGGGACAGCGUGAAGCGGGUGCGGAAAGGCAGCGGCCGGGAGCGGGGAACCGUCGGUGCGGUGCGCCCCCGAGCGCCGCGCUGCCCCCGUAGCCUCGGCCGGCGUUUGCCACACAGCGGCUUUCCUCGGCAAAAGCCAGCGGCUGCGGGCGGGCGGUCGGUGCGGGGCCGCCGCUCAGCGGCCGCAUACGGGGGAGCGGCUCGGAGCCCCCGGCACCCUGCGGCCGGGCGUCACCCACGCGUGGGGCGGGGGCGGCGGGACUCGGCCGGCAACAGCCGUCGAGGAAAUCGGGACCGAGGAGCGGCGGGGCGGCCGAGAAAAGCCAUGUAACUGAAGUCUACUUCGUGGCAAAUGAACAAGACUACAAGAGAAGCCUAUUUAAUUCUAUCUGUAAUUCUCUGAAACCAGUAUGAAGCUAUGAUUCAAGUUAACGUUGUUACCAUCGUCCCUAUCUGAGUGCUAUUAGACACAUCAGCAAAAAUCUGGAAGAAAAUAUAUGGACUUAUUAUUGAGAAAAUGUACAAAUGGCACCACAGCUGAUUGAACAGUAAAUAAUUAUGAAGAAGAAACUGUUUCUGUCAAUACUUGAAUGUGAUGGGGAUGAGCAGGAGGAAGAUGUGAAGUCUAAUCUCAGCAGAUGGUUGUCAAAACUGCGCAGAGUGACUGAGAAUGUAGAAAGAAAUAAGAAGAGAGUUUCCCCCAUUUUGUCUUUAUGUCAUGAAUAGUGAAUAAAUCAUACAUUAUAGACAAAUCAAAAAUCGUAAAAACUAGGUAAAAUGAAAAUAAUGAAAACAGUUUUGUUGAAAUGUAUUUUGAAGAUAAAUGUAUGUGAUUACUCAUUGACCUUAAAUGAAUGUUGAUAUGACUGAAAACAGUAAAAAUGGAUAUAUGUGUUGUAUUCAUGCAUUGAUAGUCUCAUAUUGGAGAUAUUACAAGAAUGAUUCAUGUUGACAAGAAAGGAAGAAUGUCUUUCAAGCUGUUACUUAGUUACUGACAAAUCAAGUAUGUCAAUUGGACACUAGGAUGAGCAAAGCAGACUUGUAAAACAGAUAGAUUGCUAUAAGUUUCACUUCUGAUCAUAGCUGGAAAUCUGAAUGUUAACCCAAACUUUCUCUCCUUUUACAGACUUCUUAUUCAUUGAUCUAUACUCUGUGUCUUGAUUUGUGUUGGAAAAUCAUGGAUUAGAAAUGUACUUUCUUAUUUGAAAAAGUUUCUAGAUACAGACCUGUGCUAUUUAUUUUCUGUGUGGUUGGAAUGGACAGAACAAAAAUAGACAUUUGAACUAACGAAACAGGAUAUGUCUACAAGCCUUUUUGAAUAGUGUUUGAUUGCUUUACAAUAUUUUUCUCUGUAAAUGUGCAUAUAUUAUAUUUUGAUGCUCACACAUGCAAAAGUCAUUCCUUAAUGGAUUUUUUUAUAAACAGGCUAGGACUAUGUAAGUGACUUAGUGUCACUACAGAAUGUGUUUGUGGUUAUAGGGUUACUUAACCUCUCGCUUCAGCAGAAUUUAUCUGACUCACAGAAUAGAAGUACUGCAACAUGAAUUUCAAGUUAAGUGGGUGCCUUCGAAUGGUGUUAAAUCAAGGAUUUUCACUGACUCAUUAAUAAAUACACUUUACAUUAAGCACUGUUGUAUUAUAUUUAGUAUAUGUAAAAUACACAUAAUGUAAUUCUACAGUAAUUAUAAUAACAGUAAAGGAUAAAAUUACUUUAGAAACAGAUUAAACUGACUUUCUUCUGAGAUCAUUUGUAUCUGAAUUUCUGCUUUAAAGUGUAUGUUUUUUUUCUUUGUUUGUUUGUUUGUUUUUCAUUCCUUUUGCCAUUCUGAAAAACAGUGAAUUAGAUCUAGUCUGUUCCCAACAAUUUUCAAUUACUAUUGCCUCCUACUCAAAAAGUAAAGAAACUGCAAUUUUUUUAUAUAAGCAUUCUUGUUCAAAAGUCAUAGGUUAAUUUGAAUACUGAAAAUCUGUACACAGCCUUGGCAGCUUAACAGGUAUUUUGAGAACUUGUAAACUAAUUUAUACUAGAAAGAAUAAAAAUUACAAGGGUUACUAAUCUUCAUGCUGAAAUCAUUAAGAUAAUUACCACCAACUGUUUUAUUAUCCAAGUAUAUCAGGGGAAAUGUAGUUGCAUCCUGAAGCAAUGAAUGAAAAAAAGAGUAGGUAUGUAUCAAUCUACAAUUUAAAUGACGUACUGAAAAACAGAUAAUUGUGCAUGUGUCUUGUACUGGUACAUAACUUUCCUAUUAGUAAACUUAAAAGGUUUGUCUAUUAAGUGGAAUACUGUCUCUGCAAGAAUAUCUAUUAUUUCUUAAAACAUUGCCAUGUCAAGUCUCCUUUUCUGGUACUUUCCCCCCAUUGCAGUACUCCUGCAUCUAAUUUGAUUUACAAAUCUUCCUCAAGUCACAUAAAGCUAUUAUUCUUCUGGUGUUUUUUUUUUUUUUUUUUUUUUCCAAUUUAAAAA